CGGCUUGGAUAUAAAAUGAGGCAGAUUUUACAUUAUACAGAUAAGGGAUACAUCGCUACCGGAACUGUGCAUUUCCAUGGUGCACCGCUUCGACAGGGACGGAAGGAAAGGCGGAUUGACUACCUUGCAGAAGAUCUUUGCUUAAGUUCAUUUAGAAAAAGUUUGCGCGCGCAGUCUUUUUUUUCCGCUUCCGGUUUAGUCACGCGCAUGUUCUUGAUUUUUAGGUUUAUACUGGACGCAUAGGUUUUCCGUCUCAGGGUUGUAUAAACCGCAUGUGAUUGUUAAACAUCAAAAUAUUAAGUUGUUUUUCCGUUCUCGAGUGACUAAAAACAAAAUCACAAUCGUAUUAUCACAUAAUUACUAUUUUGCCGUAAUUUAUAUACUAAAUAUCAUUGGCACAUUUGAUACCCGCGAGUAAGAUUUCCAUUUCUGAAACAUGGGGGCUUACUUGUCACAGCCCAACACAGUAAAAUCCACAGGCAACGGAGGGAACCAGCAGCUGAGUUUUGGGUUUGCAGCCAUGCAGGGGUGGAGGGUUUCCAUGGAGGAUGCCCAUAACUGUAUUCCAGAGCUGGAUGAGGAAACGGCCAUGUUUGCAGUUUACGAUGGACAUGGAGGAGAGGAGGUUGCUUUAUACUGCUCCAAAUACCUUCCUGAAAUCAUAAAGGAACAGAAGGCAUAUAAAGAAGGAAAGUUGCAGAAGGCCCUAGAAGAUGCUUUUCUGGCCAUUGAUGCUAGGAUGACCAUGGAGGACAUAAUUAAAGAGCUGGCUCAAAUAGCAGGACGUCCCCAGGAAGAUGAGGAUAAGGAGAAAGUGGCAGAUGAAGAGGAUGUUGACAAAGAAGAAGCUGCCCUUCUACAUGAAGAAGCCACAAUGACAAUUGAGGAGCUGCUAAUCCGCUAUGGGCAAAACCUAAACUGUGUCAAAAAUAAGGCAUGCUCUACCAAAAAUACACACCCACAGACCAGUGAAGGGGAGAAAUCAAAAUCUGAAGGAGACAUUAAUGGAGAGACCAAUAGGUCCCAUGCUAAAGAUAAAAAUGGAAGCUCAAAGGAUGAAGCAGGAAUGAUCUCAUCAAGUUCAGAGCACACGCAUGUGGAAGUGAAAGGCAGCAAAAGUGAUGGCAGUGGGGCAGAUUCUACCAAGACAGAGGAAAGUUCAGCUGAAGAGGCAGUAUCCUCUUCAACAGGGGAUGCUGGGCCAUCCUGCUCUUCAUCUACAUGUAUACCACAGUGGCCAACAAAAUCAAAAUUCUUCGAGGACAGUGACGAUGAGUCGGAAGAAGCAGAGGAAGAAUCCGAGGAAAACAGCGAGGAGUGCAGUGGGGAAGAUGGAGAGUACAGCAGUGCAGAGGAGGAUGAGGAUGAUGAAGAGGAUAGUGAUGAAGCAGAAGACGAGGAAAUGUUGCUUCCAGGAAUGGAAGGAAAGGAAGAGCCUGGUUCUGAUAGUGGAACAACAGCUGUCGUUGCACUUAUUCGUGGAAAACAGCUCAUUGUGGCCAACGCUGGAGACUCUCGAUGUGUGGUUUCUGAGGGUGGGAAGGCAGUUGACAUGUCAUACGACCAUAAGCCAGAGGAUGAAGUAGAGCUGUCAAGGAUAAAGAACGCAGGUGGAAAGGUUACAAUGGAUGGCAGGGUCAACGGAGGGCUUAAUCUCUCCAGAGCAAUUGGUGAUCAUUUUUACAAACGUAACAAGACCCUGCCUCCAGAGGAACAGAUGAUUUCAGCGAUGCCAGAUGUAAAAGUACUAACAUUAAAUGAAGAACAUGAUUUCAUGGUCAUUGCUUGUGAUGGAAUAUGGAACGUGAUGAGCAGCCAGGAAGUGGUGCAUUUUGUCAGUGAACGGAUAAAGCACAAAGAUAAUGGUGAAGUUCAGCCCCUGUCUUCCAUAGUGGAAGAGCUGUUGGAUCAGUGCUUGGCACCUGACACUUCAGGGGAUGGAACUGGUUGUGAUAACAUGACUUGCAUUAUCAUCACAUUUUCACCACACCGCUCCAGUUGCCAAUCUGACAGCAGCAGGAAGAGGAAAGAUGAUCAGGGCUCGGUGGAGAAAAAUGGAAAUGGCAGCAGCAAGAAAACUAAAAUAGAAUAACACCAGCCAGUUAUAUAUAUUUUUUUUUUGUAAGCAAACAGACUUUAAGUAGACAUGAUGAUUUACUUGUUAAAGUAUUGUUGUAUUCCUUUCUUUUUCAUUUAGUUUUUACUAAUAAAGGAUUUAAGUGACCAUA